CCUCUCUUGCAUAUUUGUCAGUCUAACGGAGCCGCUGCAAACAUGUCUCUGUCCAACAAGCUGAACCUAGACAAGGUGGAUGUGAAGGGGAAGCGGGUGGUGAUGAGGGUUGAUUUCAAUGUCCCCAUGAAAAAUAACCAGAUUACAAACAAUCAGAGGAUUAAAGCUGCUGUCCCGAGCAUCCAGCACUGCAUAGAUCAUGGUGCUAAAUCUGUAGUUCUCAUGAGCCAUUUGGGCAGACCUGAUGGUGUCCCCAUGCCUGACAAGUAUUCCCUGGCUCCAGUGGCUGAGGAACUCAAAGUGUUGAUGAAGAGGGAGAUUGUGUUCCUGAAGGACUGUGUAGGUGCAGAGGUAGAAGCUGCCUGUGCUGAUCCAGCUCCUGGGACUGUCCUGCUUCUGGAGAACCUUAGAUUUCAUGUGGAAGAGGAGGGAAAGGGCAAAGAUGCUGCUGGGAACAAGAUAAAAGCAGAUGCCGCAAAAGUGGAUGUUUUCAGAGCUUCACUCUCUAAACUUGGUGACGUUUAUGUCAACGAUGCCUUUGGAACUGCUCAUCGUGCUCACAGCUCCAUGGUAGGUGUUAAACUUCCUCAGAGAGCUGCUGGCUUUUUGAUGAAGAAAGAACUUGACUACUUUGCAAAGGCUUUGGAAAACCCAGAAAGACCUUUCCUUGCUAUCCUUGGGGGGGCCAAAGUAAAGGACAAGAUCCAGCUCAUCAAUAACAUGUUGGACCAAGUUAAUGAAAUGAUCAUUGGUGGUGGCAUGGCCUUCACCUUUUUAAAGGUGCUAAACAAUAUGGAGAUUGGCACCUCUCUCUAUGAUGAAGAGGGAGCAAAGAUAGUCAAGGACCUGAUGGCAAAAGCUGAAAAGAAUGGAGUCCGAAUCACUCUACCUGUGGACUUUACAACAGCUGAUAAAUUUGAUGAGAAUGCCAAAACAGGACAGGCCACUGUCUCUGGUGGGAUCCCAGCAGGCUGGAUGGGUCUUGACUGUGGCCCUGAGAGUAUGAAGUUGUUUGUGGAGGCAGUGGGUAGAGCCAAGCAAAUUGUCUGGAACGGCCCUGUUGGAGUGUUUGAGUGGGACAGGUUUGCUAAUGGAACCAAAGCAGUGAUGGAUAAGGUGGUAGAAGUAACUGCAAAAGGUUGCAUAACUAUCAUAGGCGGAGGAGACACUGCAACAUGUUGUGCAAAGUGGGACACUGAAGACAAAGUCAGCCAUGUCAGUACUGGAGGAGGUGCCAGUCUGGAACUAUUGGAGGGUAAGGUCCUUCCUGGAGUAGAUGCUCUAAGCAAUGUGUAAUUCAUCACUGAAAGGAAACAUAAUUGAGCAUUAACAUUUCAAAUUGGAAAAUCCUGCAGAUUCCCCCUUCUUCAGAAGACCUCAUGAGCAGUCAUAUGACAAAGAAUCCUCUUUAAAGGGCAGAUUCUAUACUUUGUGAAAUACAUUAACCAUUUUCUAAAUGGAUUGAUGAACAUAAAGAUUUUUUUUUUCUGCAGUGCUUAGUCUAUGGCUGUAAAGUGGCUCUCACUUUCCUUUAACACACUGCUUGUCUGGGCAGACUUUGUUGCAGUGCACUAGGCUCCCCACAUACUGUAUAUUGUAAAGGUGCACUUAGAUGUAUAUACUGUAAUGGACUGUAGAGUCCCUGCGUUAGUUUACAGCCUUUCUGUUGCGUGUGAACAGUGACAUUUAUGUGGGUUCUGUGGCUCCAAAUAAAAUCCAUGUCAGAAAA